AUGACCAAAGAUGAAAGACUCGAACGUGAAGCUCAAAAAUACGCUGAAAGAUUAGCUUCAACUUAUCCCCCCAGUUUGGACCACUGUCGUCGUGGAUCGUGUAACAGUUACGGAGCUGGAGAAAACCUUGCUCUAGCUUGGGGACAUACAUCAGUAGAAAUAAACGCAACAAAGGCUUGGUAUAACGAAAUAUGGGACUUCAACUAUUGUCAUGGAGAGAAAAAUUUUAACAGACCUGGACACGAAGGCAAGAAAAUAGGACAUUUUACGCAGGUAAUAUGGAAAACCUCAACCAAACUUGGCAUUGGUUAUGCACGAAAUGCAGACAGGACAAGAGUUUACGUCGUGGGAAGAUAUUUAGAUCAUGGAAACGUGCUUGGUCGAUAUGCAGAGAACGUUCCAUUUGCCAAUUAUUUGCUCAGAUCAUUUCAAAACAACUGUAAAGGUCAAAAUGGCGGUUUAUCACCUUGGUCAGCACCUGGCGAGUGCACCCGAAGUUGUGGCGGAGGUGUACGAUUUAAAACACGAACAUGUACAAACCCCAAGCCAUCGUUGAAUGGUCGGGAUUGUGAUGGUGAGACACAAGAGCUAGCAGCCAAAGAAUGGUGUAACAUUCAGAGCUGUUCAAAUAAUGAAAACCAUAGAGAUCAGCAAUGUGAAGCAAGAGGAAAGACUGCUGAUUCAUAUACUUUACCCAAUAGUCAAUGUACUCUGUAUUGUCAUAGUGGCACUGGAAAUGCUUACUUGUCUUUGGGAGAUGUGGACGACGGUACACAUUGUAACUCGGACAGCGGUGUUUGCGUGUAUGGAAAAUGUAUCUCAAUGCCACCGUACGUAGCUCCUACACAGCCUGCACCAACAGGUGUAAUUGAUGGUUCGUAUACAGAGAUACCAAGUGACAACGUUUGGGAUAACAAAAUUUUCAUUGUUCCAAAUGGCGCGAUCAAUGUUACUAUCACAAAUCACGAUUACAAUGGAGUGGAAAUGUUGGUGGGCUAUCAAACGACCACUAGUGCUGGUUGCAACUGGGGAGAAAGAAGUUGGAUGAAUGAUUGGGUUGACUAUUAUGGCUCGUUUACAGCCCAACACAAGACUGCCGGUGUUACAUAUAAUUACGAACGCCUUCCUAAAGAUUCAACUAUUACUAUUUCUGGUCCAGUCAAACCAACAGAAGGUUAUUCUUUGGUGAUUUACGUGGAAGGAAAGAAAAGAGCAAAAAUUUCAUGGAAAUAUGAACUGACCGGGUAAUGUUUCUGGAUGUAGACUCAUGGAGAAAACAUUGUAAUGGAAAUCAGAGGGAAAGGGGAAGCAAACGAUGCUUAUCUUUGGUCUUUUUCACCAUGAAAAUGAUGUUACAAACAUCAAAGAAGAGUAGUAAACAUUCCUCAUAAACAAGUCUUCAAUCAUGUUAAUAAAAAAUUUGAUUUGUUAA